CAGGAGCAUUCUCUCGAGUGAUUGUUACGUCAAUGGCAGGCGUGCCCCAGAAGACACUGAACUGGCUUUACGAUGUAUUGAAACGCGAAUACCGCGACCCGAAUCGAACCUAUUCGGACCUUGCCCACGUCCUCACCCGCAAUCCGGGCUUCGCUCCUCGGACAGAUGUCUACACGUUCGAGAAUGGAGCGCCUGCGCUCCUCCUGCAGUUCAAGGGCACUAUCCCUGUCAGCUUUCGAGGAAGUACAUAUCGGUUUCCCAUAGUAUUAUGGAUUCCUCAUGCCUACCCUUACGAGGCACCCAUGUGCUAUGUCACUCCGACGGAAGAGAUGAUGAUUAGACCGGGUCAACAUGUCGGUGGGGAUGGGAGAAUAUAUCAUCCGUACUUGGCGCAUUGGAGAGAACACUGGGAGGUAGGUUCAGGUGCAAAGGAAGAGAGAAGAGACAAAGAGCAGGGUGUCCGGAACAGCCCCGACUGACGGGCUCUUGUACAGAGAUCGAAUAUCUUGGACUUUAUGUCCAUCUUGUCCGACAUUUUUGCCAAAGAGCCGCCUGUCAUGUCCAGGUCGCCGGUUCAACAGCAAAGACCAGCGCAGCCACAACCUCCACCAGUGCCGCCUUUACCACGGGAGAUGCAACCACCGCCAUCUUCAAACCCUCCUCCGCCUGUACAGCACCCAGGCGCACCCGCUCCACCACCACCUCCGCCCAAACAGCCUACUCAAACCGGCGUCCCAAUUCCCGCCCCGACCAGCCCAGGCUUUCCGACAGCUUCUUCACGACCAGGACGUUAUGAUGCUCCGCCGCCUCUGCCUUCUCAGGCGCAAGUCCCUGGCCAAAGAUCUCAGCAGCCGUACGGAAAUGGAAGCAUCCAACGACCCGCUAGCGGCACCAAUUUUGUGCCCCAACGGUCCAGCAGCCUUCGCCAGUCCAUAUCUCCUCAACCUCCCUAUCAGCAGCACCAACAUCCACAAGCUGCGUACGAACCAGUGCCGUCUUCAUACGCACCUCCACCACCUCCACCGGGUCAACCGGGCCCACCACAGCAGUACCCUCCAGCCCAGCCUCACCCUGCGAUGAGUUCUUCACCUGGUCAAGGCCCAGGCCAAGUCUCCGACCGUGCCAGACCACUGCCCUCAGAACAAUACGGCCAUGUGCCAACAGCAUCAUCACCACUGCCUUAUGGCCAGCCUCCCGGGCGGCCCAUUUCGCAACAGUAUCCUGCAAACUACGCACAGCAACCUCCGCAACAGCCAUACCCACCACCUCAACAGCAAUAUCAACCACCACCCCAACCUCCUGCUCCGAAACCAGCGCCGACACCAAAUCUUCUGGAUUCUCCCUUUGACAUUCCGCUGCCAGCUCCCAACCCUCAAUCAUCCCACCACAUUCCCGCCCCUCCAAUACCGGUCAACCCGGAAAAGGAGGCUCUGCUAACCCAUCUUUCACACCUACUCACAACGUCCCUACACCAACAAAUCUCCCAGAACAACUCCGCAUUGGCACCACUAGCCUCGCAGUAUGCCGCCAUGCAAUCUACCACGAGUACAUUAAACGGGGAACUGAGUAACCUGAAGGCGUUACAUGCGACAAUAUCGAGCAAUAUCUCGCUCCUCCAAUCUUCCUUGAGCAAGGCUGACCAGGCGAUAUCAUCAGCGCAUGCCCGCGCUGCCAAGAACGACAUUCCGCAUGUCGACGAGAUGCUCACUGCGCCGACCGUAGUCGCCCGCCAAUUAUACGAUGCUGCGUGUGAGGAACGGGGGAUUGAGGCUGCAAUACUGGCCCUUCAGGAAGGAUUCGUGAGGGGCCGUGUGGGAAGCGAGGUCUGGGCAAAGAGGACUAGAGAAUUGGCCAGGGAAGAGUUUAAGCGGCGGUGGAUGGUGAGUAAGGUGGGGAGGGGAAUGGGCUUGGACCUGGAGGCCGGUGCCUAUGGACGAUAACUAGAAGGUUCCCAUCGACAGCAGGGAGGAGACACUACAGCGCCAGAUUGAGGCGAAUCCGCGCAGGCUGGCGAUACAAAACCAUGGAACCCCCGCGAAAGAAUUGCGACACUUGCCAUACAGUCAACUAAAGGGAGAGUAGGAUGUUUCGUUAUGGAUCCUCACAGGCAUUGCCCAUAAAGUUUUCCAUGGCUUGUACUGUUCAGGGAUCGAAUUCGGGAGCAUGCACGUACGUGCAAGAACGCACAGAGGCCUGUCCAGGGGCCGGUAGAUGGGAGCGGUGUUCUGGUCGUGGCACUGUCUCGAUCGCCUAGCGACAACACGAACAAACCAAACUAAACACAGGAGGGAGGCGUAUAGUCGCUAUAACUAGAUCGAUCGCAGGAUAGCCUGUAGGGCGUCGCAGGAACAGUACCCAAGGAGGAAUAGAAGGUCUCGAGCACCAACUAGCGCCCCA